AAGGAACAUGUAAACUGGAAUGAGGAUAAUUUCGCAAGAACGUAAGCAAACUACUUGUUGGGCCUUGCAGGAUGAGCAAACCGCCAGUUACAUAUCAACAGUUUAGCAAAUUUAUAGAGAAUUUGCCUGACAUUGCAUUCCAGUUGCAAUGCACAGAGGUAGAGUUAAAAGGCAAAACGCUGGACGAGUGCGCCAACUGGUACUACGAAGCGUUCUACAGCAAGCCCGCCGUACGUGAAAAAUAUGAAAUUAGGUUGAGGCCAUGCUCCAAGGCCAUAAGAGAUAUACUACUGCAGCUACCAGUAAGCGAAAAGAAAACUUUAACUACCGAUGCAGAGGAUGGAGUCAUGCUGAAUUUGGACCAAUUAGGGCUCUUCGUAUUCCCGGUAGCAUUUGCUACAUUUGAGAAGUACAUGAAAAGAGAUAAACUUUUGAAUCAUCUUGUCCGCAAGCAUUUUAAGGAUCAAGCACAGCGUCAAGCUGUUUUGGCUAGUGCUUCUGAAAGUCACAAUUUACUGCUGAAAUACUACAAUACCUUCUAUAUACAUCCGGGUCGGCGAAAAUUAGCUAAAUACUUUUUUAUCAAUAUACCAUGUAAUUUGCGUAAACAGUUUUUGCAGGCAGCCAGACCAAUUAAUGAGCUGGCUUACACAACAAUUUCCAAACAAACAAGCAACUCCGUUGUACCACAGACAGAAGACGCAGUAGAAUUGUUAUCCGCUGAAUCCAGUUGGUCCUCCAGUGAUGAUUCGCAGACGCAGGCUGACAGCCAGGAACCAACAAAUGCGAAGGAAAUAACCACAGAUGUUGUAAUGAGAGACACGCCUGAAUUUGCCAAAAGAAAUGUUGAAUCAUUGGCUGUCAUUGAACCAUUAGCUAAACGUCAACGAUCGGCUAAAAAAUCGGUUGAAAAUAUAAACGAUUGCACCAGAGAUGCCAACAAACCGCCAGUAUCUUUUAAAAUAUUUAGCAAAUUUAUAGAAAAUCUGUCGGAUAUAGCAUUCCAGGUGAAUCUCUGCGAAAUUGAAUGUAUGAACAAAACGACAGACGAAUGCGCCAACUGGUACUACGAAUCGUUCUAUAGCCAACCUGAUGUGCGCAAAAAGUAUGAAUUUAAACUAAAACCAUGUCCCCAGGUAAUAAGAGAUAAACUGCUCCAGCUGCCGGCGAGUGUUGAGCAAAAGGAACUGACAACUGUGCCUACUCACGAUGUGGCAAAGUCAGACGACGGUAUUGAAGUUAAUUUACAUGGCCUUGGACGUUUUAUGUUUCCUGUUACAUUUGAAUUUUUCGAGCAGCAUAUAGACAAGGAUAAACUGCUGCCCUGUUUGGCGCGCAAUCAGAUCAAGGAUAAAGUGAAGCGUGAGGCCUACUUAUCUAAUGCAGCCAGAAGGCUCAAAUUGCUACGGAGAUACUACAAUACUUUUUAUAUAGUGCCUAAUCAGCGCUCAUUGGAUAAACAUGAUUUUUUAAAAGUACCAAAUGCUUUUCGUGAAAAGUUUUUGCUGCCAGGAAAGCCAUUGGAUGAAUUGGCUCAUAAAACAAUAGCCAAUCAAGUAGCGCCAGACCAACAGCGAACAACAGAUUCGGAAGCAUCGCCGUCAACCGAAGCCAACAACUGGCCGCCUUUCGUCUCCUCAAUAGUGAGCUUUGAAAUAUUCGAGAAACAUAUAAAGAAUCUCUAUGACAUUGUCUGGCAGCUGAAGCUGAAUGAUCCAUUGUAUGAAAGCAAAGGCUUCGAGGACUGCGCUGUUGCAUAUUAUUUGGCAUUUUAUUUAACGCCGGAAAUACGUGAGAGAUACGCUAUUGUCUUUAGACCUUGCACUUCACGUAUGAAAAAACGUAUUUUGGGAUUGCCCAGUUGCGCAGAUGUGGCGCGUUUGGAGCAGCUACAAAUCACGCAUCCGCACUUGGCCAUAACGGCGCAACAUGCAACGCAACCGCCAGCUGAGACUGAAGCGAGUGUUAUAGAUUUGGAUGGCAAUGAUUCUGAAGUGGAAUCGCCACUAAAGAUUGAAGCACAAAUUAAAGAAGUGGACGACGACGUUGAGCAGCAAGCAGUAAACGAGUCUGCUGAAGAAGCUGAGCAAACGGAUAUGCCCAUGCAUGCAGUUCAACCAGCGGCAGUUGUUAAUGAGCCUCAAGCACCACAGCCAAGUGAUGAGAGAAUAUUAAAAACUGUAAAUAGCGUAAUCUACGAGUUUCCAGUAUCAUUGUUAGCAUUUAAACGAUACAUUAACUAUAGGAGCGUCAUUAAAGAGUUGGCACACAAUCGUGUCAAAAAUAAAGACGAGGCCGCGCUGCUUCUAAGCGAUCAGUUGAGAAAAAUUGCGAUAUUUAAAGGCUACUACAAUAGUUUCUAUACAAAUAAGCAAAAGAGGAAUGUAUGCAAUUAUAAUUUUAAUGCGGCUCCAGCAGAAAUGCGAAAGAAAUUGCUGCAGCUGGCUAAACCUGUAGAAGAGCCUGCAACUAAGUUAACUGAGAAGACCACAGCAUCACCAACAAAUAAACAGCCUAAAGAAACAUCAGCUCAACCCACUACUAAACAGCCUAAAGAGAUACGAGCAGAGUUGCAGAAUGUGACUGUGGAGGAGAAAAACGCUCUCCGAGUCUCCCAGCCAAAAGAAAAGCAAAAAGUAAACAUCAUUAGCGUCAUAAACCUUAAUUCGGUGCAAGACCUGAGGUUUAGAGUCUUAAAAUCACAAUCCAACGCGCCGACUGUUAAUGCAACUGAACCUCAUUCAAGCUCAAGCGCUACACGUGGAACAUCUUCAAAUGAAGCAAUUGCAACUACAACUGUCACUUCAAACCCAAAUACUUCGCGAAGCUUGAUAUGCGUUGAUUUUUUUGCUGAAAGCAGCAAGGAGCACAAUAUGAACUAUUUGCUGCGCUGCAGCCAGGGAUUAAUGAGGAGCUUAUGGCGCAUAUUAGCACAGCUAAGCUUAACCGAGUUUAAAAUGUAUACUAGCAUACAUCAGGCAAAUUCAAUCUAUGAGGAUGAACAACUGUUGCGUCGUUGCUAUGAGCAUGUGGUGGACAAAGGCAAUUGGCCAGUGCAACUGUAUGUAAAGCUGCACUUAAUAAAGCCAUUGUUGCGUAGUAGAGGCGUGGAAUAUCAACUCUCUAAUUUGGAGCAGCUUUCGCCAAAGGUGCUAGAUUGGGGUGAUCUGCUGUGUUUUACAAAUUUUUAUGAAAUUGCUAGAGCUGAUUAUUGGCAACGCACGGGAACGCAGCUGCGUUCGCCAAGCGUGCAGACUUGUUUUCAAGUAGCAGAAGAAUUCUAUAGACGCUGUUGGCAACAUAAUCAAUGGCUUCGUCAAGUGCCAGAGAUUACAAAUGAAAAAAUGAAACAAUUAUGCAGCAAAGCGGAAGUUCAUGAGAAACUGAAUGCAGCAUUAGAGGAUUCAGCCUGUCCUGCUACGCAGCUGGAUGCAUCGGACAUUGAUGUUUGUCUAGCUACACCGCAGCAGCAGUUACCAGAUGAUCAAGUCCUCACUAACAGUGAUCAAAGCACUCAACACCCGCACAACAUUGAGCCAGACAGUCAAGCUGAUCAGCCUAACACUAUGGAACUGCCUACGAACAUACAAAUCAAACAAGAGCCCAUUAAAUUUCUUAACGAUCUGCGCUUUAAUUUGACUAACAAUUCAGGCGAAGAAUUCGAUUGUGAGCUUAUAGGCAGCGAAGAGAAAAUUGUUAAUCUGGAUGAUGACGAGGAGGAGAAGCAGCUUUCCUGCUUUCGCUUAACUUCACAGCCUGAAACAAAUGAAGCAAUAUUAACCGCUACUAACAGCAAUUUAAGUCAAGAGCAUUCGUUUGAACGUUUAAUGGCAAAUAUAGCGCAAUUGGAGAAUGCAUCAGAUGUAAUUGCUUCAGCAGCUGUAGCUCCUGCCCCAACUCCAGCUGUUCCUAAUAUAAUUACAAAGCGACCGCUAGCACCUGUUACUCAAGGUAAAAAGAAACCGCGUCUAAUCAAGGACAAUGUGCCACAGUUGACGCAUGGAUUUCGUGCGCUGCCCAUUACUGUUAACAAGGAUCCCAAAAACAAUGCUGUUCAGCAAAAGGAAGUACAGCAGCAGCUGCAACAUUUGCAGGCACAGGAAAAUGUUUUAACGGCCUCACAAGAGUUUGCUCAGGAUGAUACGUUGAUGGGCUCAUCUCAACUGCAAUCGCUGUUAGAGAAGCAUUCUACACAGUCCAAGCGACAUCAUUAAUUUAUUCAUACAAAGCAAACUAUUUAAACAUUACUAUUGUUACGAGAAUUUAUUUAUAAAAUAAAAAGCAAUUUUUCAUUCAGUUUUUGACUAAAGUUCACCAGUUAUUUUUCCCCCCAGUUUAAUAAUAAAUACAAGUUAGGUUCAGUUUUUAUGAGUUUAGUUUAUUAAUACAAGCAACUGUGUA